GAGCGAAGAGAGGGAGAAGCAGUCAGGACAGGUCAGAGGGUAGGCAGGAAGAAGAGAGUGCACAGCUAAAUAAAGACAGACAAGAUGAAGAGAGCAAGUGAAGGAGGGUGCAGACUCAAGAGCAUAUCAUCUCUGCUAAAGAGGAAAUAACUCUGAGGUAAGACAUCUGAGAGCAGAUGAAGCUUCGGAGAAGAAAAAGAUAGUUGCACGGACAGAUAUGAUUUUACAAAUAUAAAGAAAAGGCUUGAGGGUUUGUCAACUUUGGAUGACAAAGGAUGUUCCUGUGCAGAGAGGCUUUUUUAUGCGAUGGCAGACGUGGUGGUCAGGCCUGCAUCCCCUUCUCAGUCCAUCUCUCUCCUGGAGAUUAAAGCGGAGACGCGGAUGGUGCUGAAGUCUUUCCUGCGUCACUCGCUCUCGAUUCCUCCUGGUGAGAGGCCUGGAAGGAUUGGAGGAGAAUACAAUGACCCAAACAAAUUCAGUGCCUAUAAAAAAGACAAGAUAAGGAAAGAUGCGAAUGGAUGGGACUCUUUGGAUGAGGAGAUCAGUGCCGCAGAGGAGAAGAAACAUGGAAUAAAAAAUUUCAUAAAAAGAAGAUUGAGAGUUCGUUCGUCCACAAUCCGCUAUACUAAGAAAGACAGUAGCGCUGACCCGACUCCAAACAACAGCCUGGAGAAGCAGAGUCAGCCGGGCCAGUCCGACAAGCCAUCUGCGAAAGAAACACUAAGUUUACCCAGGAAAACAGAGGAAGAGAUAUUCGCUCCAUCAUCUGCGUCUGAAGAGGAAGGUGACAGAAAAUCAGGGAAGAAAAAGAAGAAAAAGCUGAAAUUAUCUGAUAUUCUCAAAAAAGUGUCUUUUAAAAAAGAAGAGCCUCGUCCUCGGCGCCCGGCCACGCUGCCUUUAAAAGAUGCUUCAGGUGUUCCACAACCUGAGGAGCAUCCUGCUUCACCAUCCCAUCCUCCUGAGUUUUAUGAUGAUGUGGCAGAAACUUUGGACAGAAUCGCACAGAAACACAGUGUAAAAAAGAAAUCCCCCGUUAAACCUGAGCCUGUGCCAAGUCCACCCAAAGUAAAUGACAAAGAAGCUGUGGUUCAGCAGCUAGUUCAGAUAUUGACUUCAGAGGGGGAUGCCAUUAACAGCAAGAUAAACACCAACCCCUUCCUGCGGUCCACCCUCUCCCGCCUCUCCUACGCAUCUUUUGCCAAACUCCUUGACACGUACGCCGGUCAGAGUGAAGAACCUCCUGUUCCCGCACCGGUCAGCCCUACGCUGCGGCGUCUCGCCAUCACCAUGGAUGUCUCUCGUCGAGUCGUCACAGCUACUGGUGUUCAGCGUCUGACAGGCUAUGCUGAACGCUACAUGGAGAGCUUUGCACCAUGGGUGAGGAGCCACGGAGGAUGGGAUAAAAUUGCACAUUUGGAUGAGGUCCUGGAGUGUGAUUGACCUCAGACCUUUUACUAAUGAACUCAUGAAAGUUCUCAAAUCAUGUAGCAUGACCUCUGUGAGGCAAAGAAGAAGAGAAGAACCAGCCAACUGGGGAAUUGACACUACUUGAUUAGAAAGUUUCUCUGCUGAUGUAUUUAUUAUUCUUUUGUAUUUUGGAUGUUUUUUUAUGUGCCAUUUUAUACCAAAAUACAUGAUGCCAAUCUUC